AUGAGCCUUAAGUCUGAACGCCGAGGAAUUCAUGUGGAUCAGUCGGAGCUCCUGUGCAAGAAAGGAUGUGGUUACUAUGGCAAUCCUGCUUGGCAGGGUUUCUGCUCCAAGUGCUGGAGGGAGGAGUACCACAAAGCCAGGCAGAAGCAGAUUCAGGAAGACUGGGAACUGGCAGAGCGACUUCAGCGGGAGGAGGAAGAGGCCUUUGCCAGCAGUCAGAGCAGCCAGGGGGCCCAAUCCCUCACAUUUUCCAAGUUUGAAGAAAAGAAAACCAAUGAGAAGACCCGGAAGGUUACCACAGUAAAGAAAUUCUUCAGUGCUUCAACCAGGGCUGGAUCAAAGAAGGCAGAAAUUCAGGAAGCAAAAGCUCCCAGUCCUUCCAUAAACCGGCAAACCAGCAUUGAAACGGAUAGAGUGUCUAAAGAGUUCAUAGAAUUUCUCAAGACCUUCCACAAGACAGGCCAAGAAAUCUAUAAGCAGACCAAGGUGUUUUUGGAAACAAUGCAUUACAAAAGGGAUUUAAGCAUUGAAGAACAGUCAGAGUGUACUCAAGAUUUUUACCAGAAUGUAGCUGAAAGAAUGCAGACUCGUGGAAAAGUGCCUCCAGAAAGAGUUGAGAAGAUAAUGGAUCAGAUUGAAAAGUACAUCAUGACUCGUCUCUAUAAAUAUGUAUUCUGUCCAGAAACUACUGAUGAUGAGAAGAAAGAUCUCGCUAUUCAAAAGAGGAUCAGAGCCCUGCACUGGGUUACACCUCAGAUGCUUUGUGUCCCUGUUAAUGAAGAAAUUCCAGAAGUGUCUGAUAUGGUGGUGAAAGCAAUUACAGACAUCAUUGAAAUGGAUUCAAAGCGUGUGCCCCGAGAUAAGUUGGCCUGCAUCACCAAAUGCAGCAAGCACAUCUUCAAUGCCAUCAAGGUCACCAAGAAUGAGCCAGCUUCAGCUGAUGACUUCUUACCCACUCUCAUCUACAUUGUUUUGAAGGGCAAUCCCCCACGGCUUCAGUCCAAUAUCCAGUAUAUCACCCGCUUCUGCAACCCAAGCAGAUUGAUGACCGGAGAGGAUGGCUACUAUUUCACCAAUCUGUGCUGUGCCGUGGCCUUCAUUGAAAAAUUAGAUGCCCAGUCUUUGAAUUUAAGUCAGGAAGAUUUUGAUAGAUACAUGUCUGGCCAGUCUUCUCCAAGGAAGCAAGAGUCUGAGAAUUGGUCUUCUGAUGCUUGCUUAGGGGUUAAGCAAAUGUAUAAAAACUUGGAUCUCCUGUCUCAACUGAAUGAACGACAGGAAAGGAUCAUGAAUGAAGCCAAGAAACUUGAAAAAGACCUAAUAGAGUGGACGGAUGGAAUUACAAAAGAGGUUCAAGACAUUGUAGAGAAAUGUCCACUUGAAAUUAAGCCCCCAAAUCAAUCUUUAGCAGCUAUUGACUCUGAAAAUGUUGAAAAUGAUAAACUUCCUCCACCAUUGCAACCUCAAGUGUAUGCGGGAUGAGAAACAUUUACACGGAUAGUAUUUAUUUGAGCCUAAAUCGUAGCUAGCCCUUACUACAGUCCACUGAUGGGGAUCUAGGCUGUAACUUAAUUGCUUAUAAAUGUCAAAGCAUUUUUAAAGGUACAGUUUAUGGGGAUUGUUUUGUUUUGUUUUUCCUGUCACAAAAGCUUAGUAAAUAAUAAAAUACUAUUUAUUUGAGAUACUGAAAUAGAUUCAUUUAAGGCUUGUGUGAAAGUUCUGUCCAAAUAUAUUUUUUCUCCAUGA